ACGCACCACUCAGGGGUGUAUCUGUGGCAGUCUUCACCGAGUUUUUCUGAUUUUCAUGCUUGCUAGUUGAUGCUUUCUAUAUUUGGCACAGUUAAUGUUUUAAACUUACUUUACCCGCACUUGUGAAAACGUGUAUACAGUGAGUGAUUUAUCAAAUCGGUGCAGAUCAUGGGUUAAUGACCUUCAGACGUAGCUGCUUUAAUUAUGACAAUAGCUGGUAUUACACAAAAUACAGGGCUGUGAUUGCUCCGACCUGCUGGUCCUGGACUAACAACUCUUAUUCCCUUCCUGCUUAGGACGAUGGCUUCUAUCUCUGAGCGCACGUUCAUCGCCAUCAAGCCUGAUGGAGUCCAGCGGGGACUGGUUGGAGAAAUCAUCAAGCGUUUUGAACAGAAGGGAUUCAAACUGGUGGCCAUGAAAUUAAUACACGCCUCAGAAGACCUUCUGAGAGAACAUUACAUUGACCUAAAAGACCGGCCGUUCUACAACGGUCUGGUGCAGUACAUGCACUCUGGACCUGUUGUAGCUAUGGUGUGGGAAGGUCUUAACGUGGUUAAGACAGGAAGAGUGAUGCUGGGAGAAACUAAUCCGUUCGAUUCAAAGCCUGGCACUAUUCGUGGUGACCUCUGCCUUCAAGUUGGAAGGAACAUCAUCCAUGGAAGUGAUUCUGUAGAAAGUGCUGAGACAGAGAUCAAUUUAUGGUUCACUCCUGAAGAACUGGUUGAUUACAGAAGCUGUGCUCAUGACUGGAUCUAUGAGUAAAACUGAGCCUACACCUUCCGUAUCCUUACUGUCAGUAAACAGCUGCUAGCCUCUCGCUCUUUCAAAGCCCUGCAUAUAAACUGGUAGAAAACUGUCUCGGAAACCUGUGAGAUUGCUCUGUUGUGAAUAUUAAAUGUAGUCAGUGUUGGCUGCUGUUUUGGUUAAAAAGCUGUCAAGUUAUAGAUGGAAUCGUACUUUUAAAAAGCUGCUUCUGGGGUGAGAGGUAUAAUACUAAAACACAGAGCAUAUAAUGCAUAUAUUUUCCUGAAACACUGUGCAGCCAGAGGGUAUUUGGGUAAAUAGAAAAAAAAUGGUAAAAAUUUGUUUGGUAAAUAAAUAUGCAAAUGGC